UACUUCCGCCUGCGCAGAGAGAAACGAACCUGCUAUAAACUAGCUACGUUGAGACACGGUCGCCUAGCUGGUAUCGUAUUUGUGCGGAGGAUUAUUACCGAGAACAGGAAACCGUUUCCUACUUUAUUUAAACCUAUACGUUAAAAAAAGGAAAUUCAGCUGCAUGUGCACGUAACUGCGUUUAGCUAUAGCGCGUGUACGGUUGUUUUUGCGAGUGCUUCGUCUUGUUAGCCAGCCGUGUUAGCUAGUUAGCUAGCGAUAGCUAACUUAGCAGAACGGUGGGGGGGAAAAAACUAAGAACGCGACAUAAAGGGAAGUUUCUGUGCCGAUAAUCGUGCAUGCAGGUUUGAUAAACCCAGGUUUCUCCGUUUGGCCGAAUGUUUCAUAACAGACAAAGACAUCUCAUUUUUGAAGUAAGAUAACGUGGUCGGCUAAAAGCUUUCACAGGUUUCACACGUUCCAUUCAUCCGCUGCGAAUUCAAAAUGUCGGAGUUUGACGAAUUUGAGAGGCAACUGACCGAAAACAAACAAGGUGACGGCGUUAACGGCCAUGAGCGGGACAAAGAGAAUAGGCACAGGCGCCGGAGCGGCUCCCGUAGCCGCAGUCGCGAGAGGAAGAGGAGGAGCAGGGAGAGGAGGAGCAGGGAACGACGCAGCAGCAGCAAAGACCGCAGGCAUAGACGCAGCCGUUCUCCACCGAGGGAGAAGAAGAAGAAAAUCAAAAAGUACUGGGACGUCCCCCCGCCCGGUUUUGAGCACAUCACGCCGAUGCAGUACAAGGCCAUGCAGGCUGCUGGUCAGAUUCCUGCCACAGCACUGCUGCCCACUAUGACUCCAGAUGGACUGGCCGUAACACCCACUCCAGUGCCUGUAGUAGGCAGCCAGAUGACCCGCCAGGCUCGGAGGCUUUAUGUGGGCAACAUCCCUUUUGGGAUCACAGAGGAGUCAAUGAUGGACUUCUUCAACGCUCAGAUGAGACUAGGGGGUCUUAUUCAGGCUCCCGGAAACCCCGUCCUUGCUGUCCAGAUUAACCAGGAUAAGAACUUUGCUUUCCUUGAGCUGCGCUCAGUGGAUGAAACCACACAGGCAAUGGCAUUUGAUGGCAUCAUAUUCCAAGGCCAGAGUCUGAAGAUACGCCGGCCACACGAUUACCAGCCGCUGCCAGGCAUGAGCGAGAAUCCCAGCGUCUAUGUUCCAGGACAUUGUGAAUUUUCAUUUUCAGGAGUGGUGUCUACUGUAGUCCCUGACUCUGCUCAUAAGCUUUUCAUUGGAGGUCUGCCCAACUAUCUGAGCGAUGACCAGGUUAAAGAGUUGUUGACGUCCUUUGGGCCUUUAAAGGCGUUCAACCUCGUGAAGGACAGUGCUACAGGACUCUCCAAAGGCUAUGCCUUCUGCGAAUACGUUGAUGUCAAUCUUAACGAUCAGGCUAUUGCAGGACUAAAUGGGAUGCAGUUAGGAGAUAAGAAGCUCUUGGUCCAGAGAGCAAGUGUAGGAGCCAAGAACGCAACUCUGACCAGCAUAAACGAGACCCCGGUGACGCUGCAGGUCCCAGGCCUGAUGAACAGCUCUAUGAAUCAGAUGGGUGGAAUUCCCACUGAGGUUCUGUGCCUCAUGAACAUGGUGGCUCCAGAGGAACUCCUGGAUGACGAGGAGUAUGAGGAGAUUGUGGAGGACGUCAGGGAUGAGUGCUCCAAAUACGGUCAGGUCAAGAGCAUCGAGAUCCCUCGUCCUGUCGAUGGCCUGGAAAUUCCUGGAACUGGAAAGAUCUUCGUGGAGUUCACAACAGUUUUCGACUCCCAGAAAGCCAUGCAAGCCUUGACGGGGAGGAAGUUUGCCAAUCGAGUGGUUGUGACCAAAUACUGCGACCCUGAUGCCUACCACCGCCGAGAUUUCGGCUAGAUCCGUCCGCACAGGAGCGGAGCGUCGAGACGAGGAGUGUGUGGCGUAGAAGAAACCCAAUGAAAGGCUGUAUUAUGAUAGAGUGAAUGGAGGGGGGGUCUUUUCUUGUAGUGCAAGGUGGCAUUUCAUGUUUUCUGUUUUGUUUUGGUUUUUUUUUUGUUUUUUGUUUUUUUUAAAAGCAAAAUUAGCUUUGGCGCAAUGAGUUUGCAUUUUAAUAAAGCAGGGAGUAUUAAUUGAAUUUAUUAAUUUGUUUCAUGGCUUAUUGAACAAAAUUAAGAGUUGUUUGGGGGUGGGAGGGGGGUUACAGUUCAUAAUGCUUCUAAAACCACAGAAUAUUGUCAGUGGCAUGAGUGAAGGAAAUAAAUUGCUUCCUGUCACUUCACAUUGAUCCCUCGAUCGUCAUAAAAACUUUGCUGUUGGUGACCUAACCACCUUGAUCCUACUACACUCAAUUUUUCAGUCUUUUUAUCUCUGAAAUUAGUUUAGUUCAACUGUGUGUUAGUUUAUAUCCAGCUCUGUCUGUCCUGUUUCCAGUACACAUGACUGCCUCUUAUAUUGGUAAUGUAACUUCAAGUCUAGCAUGGCACCUUUGUGUCUCUCUCUGUGUGAACAUAACCCUCUUUUGAUAAUAAACUUAGUGAGAAUUUGAAAAAAUUCAUCAGUGGCGUUCCUUCUUGUAAUCCUCAGCAGAUUACAGUCAUUUACAUGUUAAGAGAAGAAAUGACUUGUAGGGAAAGAGCUACAAAUUGAACCCUGAAACUGCAGUCUACGAUACCUGUAAUGAAUUUCGUUUGUUUGAAAAUAAUCUUCAUACUUUAUGUCCAGACGUUACUUAUUUGAGGCCUGCGAUGGAGAAAAAAUAUGGAUUCUGGGCUAACGGAUGCAGGAAAAAUAAAAUAAAUACUAGGUUUGCUUGACUUCUCACUUUUACUUUUCUUAAGUAGUUUAAUGUAAGUUUUAAGCACACUGUGGUAUUUGUUUUAACAAUGCUGUGUAAAUAAAGAUCUCACAGAUUUCACUUGA